AGGAGGAGGAGGAGGAGGAGGAGGAGAAGGAGAAGGAGAAGGAGGAGAUCCACUCAUCCUACGCCUCCCCUGCUGAAGUGCAGCUGCAGAAAAUGGAUAUGGAUGAGGAUGUGGGCAUGGAUAUGGGGCGGAAUGUAUCUGUUGUGAAUCCCGUGCUACACUCACCCCCAGAAGGGGGUGGCGCCUCGGUGGCGAGCCGCUCCUUCGGACGGCUGCCGUAUCUGAAUCUGAGUCUGAAUCUGGAGCAGCGUACAACUGCCCCGUGCUUCUGCCCCGCCAUCCUCGUUGGCCACGAGCAGUAUGUGCUGCAGCCGGACACCAUUUUCGUGCUGGGGAUGCGUCCGAGCAUCACCAAGAACGACAUAAUCGUGUGCUUCGGCAAGAUCGGACACAUCAAGGUGGACGAGGGGACCGACAAGCCGAAGAUCUUCGUCUACAAGGACAAGCUGACGGGCCGCUCCAAGGGGGAGGCAACCAUCACCUACGUGAGCCCCCUGUCGGCCCAUGCGGCCAUAACAGCGAUGAGUGGCAGGCGAUUCAUGGGCCAUACCCUGACAGUCCUCCCCGCCUACCUCUCCACUCGCGCCGGGAGCGUGCGCUACAGCUACCCCCGCCACCCGCGGAGUGACACGGGGGAGCAGCAGCAACAGCACCCGCGCACCCCCAAGUGGAAGCCGGCCAGCGACAACUGGUCCUGUCUUGUGUGCCGCAACAGCAACUUCGUGUGGCGCUCCUCCUGCAACCGCUGCCAGGCGGAGAAGGGCACGGCCCCAACCCCUGGCGUUGGCCCCGGACGACGGCCCCACAACAACGAUUGGCUGUGCGACGGUUGCAACAACAUCAACUUCUGGUAUCGCAAGAGGUGCAAUCUGUGCAAUUUCCCCAAGGCCGAAGAGACCGCCAGCGACUCCGCCGUGAACCCCACAAUGGAGAAGGAAAAGUGGGAGCUAGUGCUGCAGUCCUCGGUGCAGGAUCUUCUCUCCUCCCACGGCACUAAAGACGAUGUUUCGAUCGAUGUUUAAUGUUUCAUGUUUAAUAUUCAAUAGCCAAAAUGCCUCUAAAUUCGAUGUAAUAAAUGUCACGUUCAAUUUUGAAA